AAAAUUUGCAAUUCCUUGUGCAGAUUGUGUUACAGCGUUGAACCAAAGUUGGCACUUUAAUGGGUAUAGCAAAAAUUAGUUUGAUUAUCAUUGUGGCCUUCUUGUAAAAGUUUGCUAAUCUUAUAAUGUGGUGAUGAUUGAGCUAGGCUCAACGUUAAAGGACUACUAAAAAUUGUCGGUAUAAUUUUUUUCGAAGUUUCCAAUUGACUGAAAAUUCUUGUUGAAAUUCAUCAGCUUUCAUCAAAAGCAUUAUACCCAGGUCUGUAAAGUCCGAUGUCUAGUGCUGAAGUGGUAGAAAAUUCUGUUGAUCCUCCAAGUAAAAAGCGAAAAGUUGCUGAUACUCUAGGAGGUGCAGAAAACCUUCUAAAAGCUGUAAACAUGGCUAAAAAUGGCUCUGAGUCUGAUAUGCAAGGAGAUAUAGAUGAAGGACUUUACUCUCGUCAACUCUACGUUUUGGGCCACGAUGCUAUGCGUAGAAUGGCUAGUUCAGAUGUGCUUAUUUCAGGUCUUGGUGGACUUGGCGUUGAAAUAGCUAAAAAUGUUAUCCUUGGUGGAGUCAAGUCUGUAACUUUACAUGAUACCGUAGCAUGCGGAAUAGAAGAUUUGUGUUCGCAAUUUUAUUUAACCAACGAAGAUAUUGGAAGAAAUCGUGCUGAAGCAUGCCAUCCAAGACUAUCAGAAUUGAACAACUACGUACCAACACAAUUCUAUUCCGGCCCAUUGACCGAGGAGUAUUUAAAAAAAUUUAGUGUCAUAGUUAUCACAGAAACUCCAUUGAAGGAACAGUUAAGGUUAUCGGAACUGGCCCGCAAAAACAAAAUCGCUUUCAUCGUCGCCGACACUCGUGGCCUGUUCUCGCAAGUAUUCUGUGACUUCGGUGACGAGUUCACCGUAAUUGACGCCACCGGCGAACCCGCCCUGAGUUCGAUGGUAGCAAGCGUUUCGCACGACGCGCAGGGAGUCGUCACUUGCCUGGACGACGCUCGUCACGGCCUAGAGGACGGCGACUUCGUUACAUUCUCCGAGGUCCAGGGAAUGGUGGAGCUCAACAAUUGCGAGCCCAAAAAAAUCAAAGUUCUCGGACCCUAUACCUUCAGUAUCGGCGACACGUCCGGCCUGUCGGAGUAUCGUCAAGGAGGUAUCGUGAAGCAGGUGAAGAUGCCCAAAAUAUUGAAGUUUUUACCUCUGAAUAAGGCACUGGAAGCUCCAGAAAUCAUUAUCAGCGAUUUUGCUAAAUUUGAGCAAGUGCAGCAGCAACAUUUGGCAUUUAUCGCUUUGCAUUCUUUCGUUGAGAAAUUCAAUCAUCUACCUAAGACUUGGAAUGACACAGACUACCAAGAGUUCUUGAGUAUCGCUCACACAAUGAAUAAGGAAUAUAACUUGAAUUACGAUAUUCAGGAGGAAUUCAUGAGUAUAUUCUGUAAAACCGCAGCAGGUGAAGUAAGUCCAAUGAACGCCGUCGUGGGUGGAAUUGUCGCUCAAGAAGUGAUGAAAGCUUGCUCCGGCAAAUUCCAUCCUAUAUAUCAAUGGCUCUAUUUCGAUGCCAUUGAGUGUUUGCCAAAAGACGUAUUGAAAAACAAUCCAGAAAAUGUCGCUUCAGUUGGAUCUCGUUACGAUCGAUUCAUCAACGUCUUUGGAAAGUCGAUGCUCGACAAGUUGGCAGAUACAAAGUAUUUCAUAGUGGGUGCUGGCGCUAUUGGCUGCGAAUUACUCAAAAAUUUCGCCAUGCUCGGAGUCGGUUCAGGAAACGGACACAUCGUCGUCACUGACAAUGACUACAUUGAAAAAUCAAAUCUCAAUCGCCAGUUCCUCUUCAGACCUUCCGACGUUCAAAAGUCAAAAUCAUCGACGGCUGCCAAAGCCAUUAAAAAGAUGAAUUCUCAAAUAAACAUUGUUGCUCAUGAAAAUCGAGUCGGUCCUGAAACAGAAAACGUCUACAACGACGAUUUCUUCAAACAGUUGGACGGCGUGGCGAAUGCUCUCGACAACGUCGAUGCAAGAAUCUACGUGGAUCGAAGAUGCGUCUUCUAUCGCAAACCAUUACUCGAAUCUGGAACAUUGGGAACAAAAGGAAACACUCAAGUAGUUGUACCAUUUAUGACAGAAUCCUACAGUUCUUCUCAAGAUCCUCCAGAAAAAAGCAUACCCAUUUGUACUUUGAAAAACUUCCCUAAUGCAAUAGAACAUACUCUCCAAUGGGCUAGAGAUAGUUUCGAAGGUCUAUUUAAACAAGGAGCUGAAAAUGCAGCUCUAUACAUAUGCGAUCCUCACUUCGUUGAGCGCACCUUGAAACUACCAGGUGUCCAACCAUUGGAAGUUCUGGAGUCUGUCAAAAGAGCUCUAGUUGACGAAAGACCGAAAAACUUCAACGACUGCGUUGUUUGGGCACGAAACCAUUGGCAAGAUCAAUUCAACAACCAAAUACGUCAGUUACUCUUUAACUUCCCUCCUGAUCAAGUAACGUCCAGUGGUCAACUGUUCUGGUCCGGACCAAAACGCUGCCCGAUUCCAUUGACGUUUGAUGCGUCAAACAGUCUGCACCUCGAUUACAUUGUCGCGGCAGCCAAUUUGAAAGCUGCGGUAUACGGCAUAAAGGGAUCCAAUAAUCGCGAAGAAAUAGCAAGCUUCGUCAACACCAUACAAGUGCCAGAAUUCACACCGAAAUCAGGAGUGACUAUUGCUGAGAAUGAUUCACAGCUUCAAGUAUCCAAUGGCAAUGGUAAUCUUGAUCACGAAAGAUUAACUACAUUACAGGCUGCCCUGCCAACCGCAGAAGAAUUAAAAGGACUCAGUAUGCAUCCUCAGGAAUUUGAAAAAGACGAUGAUUUCAAUUAUCAUAUGGACUUCAUUGUAGCUUCAUCAAACCUCCGAGCUUCAAAUUACAAAAUUCAACUUGCCGAUCGGCAUACAAGUAAAUUGAUCGCUGGAAAAAUCAUUCCAGCCAUCGCUACUACUACUAGCGUUGUCGCUGGCUUAGUUGGUUUGGAGUUGAUAAAAUUAACACAAGGCUUCAAAGAUCUUUCGUAUUAUAAGAACGGAUUUGUCAAUCUUGCUUUACCAUUUUUCGGCUUUUCUGAACCUAUAAGUGCGCCUAAAUUGAAAUAUUAUGAUAUUGAAUGGACAUUGUGGGAUAGGUUUGAAGUUCAAGGUGAAAUGACCCUUAAGGAAUUCUUGGAUUAUUUCAAAGAGCAACAUAAGUUAGAAGUAACAAUGCUUUCUCAAGGAGUUUGCAUGCUGUAUUCAUUCUUUAUGGCCAAGCCAAAAUGUCAAGAGAGAAUGCAUCUUUCCAUGUCCGAAGUUGUGAAAAAAGUUUCUAAAAAGAAAAUUGAACCUCAUGUUCGUGCUCUUGUUUUUGAGUUAUGUUGUAACGACGAAGAGGGUAAUGAUGUUGAAGUACCAUAUGUUCGAUACUUAUUAAAUAAAGAGUAGAUUCACAUAAUAUUUAGAGGCAAAAACAUGUACUUCGUAUACAGCAGUACUUCAGCAAAUUUUUACUGUUUAAUUUACAUUUAAUAAAAUUCUUCUAUACUCGUGGUC